AAGAAAAGGCAAAGCACGGAAACAGAGAGAGUGAGUGAGUGAGUGUCAGUACACUCCAACACUCUAAACUUCGAAAACCUCCAAAAACUCAGUCACUGCUCCUCCUCCUCCGCCCCCACCACCAUCAAAAUUCCUCCAAAUUCCUAAUUGAAAUUGCCUAGGGUUUGCUGUUUGGAUCUCAGAAAUGGAAGUUGAAGACGACGACUACCGAAGAAAACAGCAACUCGUUCUUCUGGUAAUCGUUGUACUAGCUUCUCUCGCUCUCGUUUCUUUGCUCGUUGCUUUUAGCUAUUACUGCUAUAUCAGCAAUAAGGUCUCCAAGCGCCUCAAGAUCCGCAAAAGGGCUGAUCUUGAAGAUGGAGGUAGUUUUGAAAAUGUUAAAGAAUUUUCAACUGAGAAAGGUCUCCAAUUGUUCACUUUCAAGCAGCUACACUCUGCAACCGGUGGUUUUAGCAAGUCAAAUGUGGUUGGGCAUGGUAGCUUUGGGCAUGUAUAUCGAGGAGUCCUGAACGAUGGGAGAAAGGUUGCAAUUAAGCUUAUGGAUCAAGCGGGGAAGCAGGGAGAAGACGAAUUUAAAGUGGAGGUGGAAUUGUUAAGUCGGCUUCAUUCACCAUAUUUGUUGGCAUUGCUCGGGUAUUGCUCAGAUAACAAUCAUAAAUUGCUCGUAUACGAGUUCAUGGCAAAUGGCGGUCUGCAAGAGCAUCUAUACCCUGUUAGCAGUUCAAAUUCCAUCAGCGUUAAGUUGGACUGGGAAACACGGCUGAGAGUUGCUCUUGAAGCUGCCAAAGGUUUGGAGUACUUACAUGAACACGUAUGCCCCCCAGUAAUUCAUAGGGAUUUCAAGAGCAGCAAUGUCCUGUUGGACAAAAAUCUUCAUGCUAAGGUUUCUGAUUUUGGAUUGGCAAAAAUCGGCUCAGACAAAGCCGGGGGUCAUGUCUCUACUCGAGUUUUGGGGACACAAGGAUAUGUUGCCCCUGAGUAUGCACUAACAGGGCAUUUAACAACAAAGUCAGAUGUUUAUAGUUAUGGGGUUGUACUCUUGGAGCUGCUCACUGGCAGAGUUCCAGUUGAUAUGAAGAGAACUCCUGGGGAAGCUUCCCUUGUUUCUUGGGCUUUGCCGAGGCUGACUGACAGGGAGAGAGUGGUGCAUAUAAUGGACCCUGCAUUGGAGGGUCAGUACUCCAUGAAGGAUGUUGUUCAAGUGGCAGCAAUUGCAGCAAUGUGUGUACAACCGGAGGCAGAUUACAGGCCACUGAUGGCUGAUGUUGUCCAGUCACUGGUUCCACUAGUGAGAAAUUACAGGACAACUUCAAAGAUCGGUAGCAGUUCUAGUUCCAGCGCUACCAAGUCGCCUGCAGCGCAUGACAAUGCUAGUUCGGGAGACUGAAUGAUAGAACUGGUUGUCUCACAGACGAUUGCUUCCUGUAAGCUAACAUAGAUUUAGACCGGUUUGAGAUAUUGUGAUAAAUUCGUAAGUUUGAGAUAUUGUGAUAAAUUCGUAUUCAUAUGCUAACUGUUUAUUGUCUUAGCUGAAGGCUGUUACUGAUUGCGUCGUUGUCUCGGGGAAAAUCCGAAGUCAUAGGAUGUGCAAGUGAUUCCCCAGUAGUUUUUGUGAUGUAAUCAACGUUUUCAAAAUGGGGGAUACUGUGUUUAGUUGUAUUUGUAGGCUACCUGACCCUUAUGACUUAAAUGUAAAGGCUUAUUAUUGUGA